UGGUCGGUCUGUCGGCGGGGGAAUGGGAUGGGGCAGAGCCGCUUGCGUUGUCUCGCUCCUUGUCUUUGAGUCGGGGCCGGCCCCCGUCCCGCUCUGGGACCGCUGCUGAGGGAAGCGGGGCCGGGGCCGUGAGGGGUCGCCGGGCGCCAGGCUCCCAAUGAUGUCCGAGGCGAGGUCAGAGCGCGGCGCCCUGUGGUCGGACGCCGAGACCCUGGCGCUGAUCGCCGUGUGGAGCGAGGACAACGUGCAGACGGCCCUGGACGAGCAGCUGAGGAACAGCCACGUCUUUAAGUUCAUCUCGUCGCAGCUGCUGGACCAGGGUUACAUCCGCACGCCAGAGCAGUGCCGCAUCCGCAUCAAGGGGCUGAAGAGGAAAUACACGCUGGCCAAGGACAGCAUCAGGCGCGGUUGCAGCGCCAGCGGCAGGAAGAUCUGCCGCUUCUACGAACAGCUCGACGCGGUGCUCGGCUCCCGGGUCGCCAACGACCGAGCGGUCGCCACGGACGCGAUGGCGACGCCCGAUGACCCGCAGGAUAUCAAAGAGGAACAGAGCAGCCCCCACUCCGAGUCGAGUCAAAGAGUUGAAUGUCGCAAUGGUCAUUGUUCCUCCGAGGAGCCCGAGCACCCGAGGGCAGAGAGCAGCAACAGGCAAUUUGAGCCUCAGCCCUCGACCAGUGCUUUCUGCACACCCCGUAUCCGGCGAAUGCAUUCAUCUCUACCAUUCACACCUCAGCCGAAGAAAGCAAAGAAGCACUCACUGGAGGACAUAAUGGACGGCAUGAUGGAGAAGUUCAUCCGCUACAGCGAAGCUGCCGAUGAAAAAUUUCUCCGUUACAUGGAGGCAUCAGAGGAACGGUUUGCUCGUCUUGAGCAGCUCCGUAUGGAAAUGGAGGAAAGGAUGAGACAAAGUGAUAGAGAACAUGAAGCUCGUGUUCUCUUUAUGUUGGGACAAAUGAUGGGCCAUAAUAUGGCUGACUUUCCUUCCACAUCUACAGCUACUGAAGGUGAAAUAACGGAAAGAAAAGUAUUUUAGGCCACUGUUCAACUUUCUUUCAAACAAAGUUGUAUCUUUGUAGCACAUUUUUAUUUUAUACAAUAUGUUUUCCAACAUGACUGAAUACAGGUUCACAACCAAAAUAUUUUUUAAUUGCUCAGAAAUUUGCUUGUUGAAUGUUCCCAACAAGUUUGUUUGGAGAAAUAACUCAACUUUAAACUAUAUUUUUCAGGGGUGUAUGUUUAGUGCAAAAUUCAACUUUUCAACCAUCAUGAUGUCAGAAGAAAAUUAUUGUAGCAGGCAGUUAGCACAAGAGUUUUAUUUUAUGUGUUUGAAUAGGACUUGAAUAGGUACAUUAUUUUUUUAAAUCGUGUUAGGUGAGGGACAGCACAGUGGAUAUCAAAAUGAUCCAGAGUAAUCAUUCUAAACAUUAUGAAAUUAAACAUUUUUGCAUCGUCCACUGCUGUCCUGUCCUCUUUCUCCCUUUUAUUUCAAAGCACUAAUAGAGUUGAAUUGUGUAGCAUUUCAGGUCUUUUAUUCUGUUAGUUUCUCGUAAUAAUUAUCUUAGCAUAAAUCCACUUGCCAAUGCCUCAGUACAAGGAAACCUUACAAUUUUUAAAUACGGCCUGCGUUCCAUGUCGAGACAUGGUUCCUUGGCAAAACCUAUUCCUGAUACCAUGAACUGAGUGAUUGGGUGAAUCUUUCUUCAUGUGUCUACAAACAUUGUCUGAUUUUUUUUGUUUGUUGUUAUUGUCAUUCCAGUAAGGCUUAUGUGGCCUUAAGACGAUCCUUCCAUUUUUCUGUCUCGACGAGCAUGUGCUCCAAUGAUAAUGUUCAUUAACUUAAUGGAGAAGCCAAUCUUCUGUACCAGGGCAUUAAAUAUUCAAUUCUAUUUUAUAAAAAUGUGAUUUUUUUAACAUUGAAGGCAGUUUUUAUUGGGUGAUGUUUUAUAUGAUGUAAGAACUUGAUUAAUUAAUUCUAACCUUACAGCAGUCACAAAAGAUGUGUAUGUUAUUUGUGUUGCGUGUAUUUCUAUAUUGAUCAUUCUGAAAUUAAAUGUAGCUAAUGUUGCUUUAAGCAAAAGUUUAAUAACUCCCAGUUAUUUUGGGGUAACAAUUUAAAUAAUUUAUCCAAAUAAAAACAAAUACAUUUGUUUGGAGUGCACAUUGGACACACACAUGCAUUACUUGUCAGUUGUUCCUUAGUUCUGUUUUGAGUAUUUGCAUCUAAACUGUUUUAUCCAAAUUAAAAUGUUUUGUAAAUGGAAUUCUACGAGCCUUUAAAUGUAAUUGGCGGAUGGUGAUUUUGCAUUUGGGCAUUGUAACUGGCUCAGUUAAUCAUGAGUUACAUCAAAUGCUAAUUAUCUUUUUAACUCACCAUUAAUGUAGUUAGAUUAAGGUGUUGAAUAUGAUUAAACUGAAAGAUGGUGUGGUAACUGGUUAUUGGCAUUGGGUGAAAUUACAGUGUUUCUUCUUAUACACUGAUUCUUGAUUAUCAUUGUGUGCUUUGUCUUGGUAGACACAAAUGUUAAAAAUGUUUUAUACUGGUAGUUCCUGAAAAGUACACAUGUUAAAGAUUUGAUUUGAAGUUGUAUGACACUACUUUUAGUUACUAUAAUUUCAAGAUAUUUGGUAUAUUUAGUUGGCGUUUUUUUAAACCCAGAAGUACUGCUAAAUCACAGAAAAUGUAAAAUGAAGAAAGAUCUGUUCAAUAUCUUUAACCAUGGAAAUGGAUGAUAAACCUUUUGCCAUUAAAGAAUGUCUAUUUUUAGUGGAAACGCAGCUACCGUUGCAUCCACUUAAGAUAAAAAUUAAAUGGAUACGAUCUGGAGUAUGAUUCUGACUGUAACCAGUUGCAGUUUGGUGAAUUAAUGUCCCUUUGAAUGUGUUGGGUUCAUAAUGUAUUUGUGUUUUAAAACAAUUUAAUUGGAUGAUUUAUCCAUAAAUUGUAAAUAGAUUUCUUUCCAAUGGGAAAAGAAUCAAUUCUCUUUCAUCUUGAAGUAUUUUUAUAAUUUUAUAUUGUAGAAUUGACUGUUACUUAAGUAAAAUAAAAUAUGAAUGUGAAAAUGU